AUGCCACCAAUACCUUUUUUGGAUGUUGUUUUUGAAAAAAAUGCAUAUAAUAGUGAGAAAAUUAAUAAUGAAGACGAAAACCAAGUCAAUAAUAAAACAGAUGAACCAGUUUUAUGGGCUUGGAUUGAAGAGCAUACACAAAUGUGUAAAUAUUCAUUAGAUGUAAAAAAAUGUUCAAAUCCAAAUCAGACUAAUGGUUAUCAAUUACCAUGUCUAAGUACACUAGGUGCAAAUUCGUCCACACUACAAAGCCACCCUAAUAACAAUUUUCAAAGAAUAACAAGUAAACAACAAAGAACUAAAAUAUAUACACCGUUUUCAAAUAGUAUAUCCAUAGUAGAAUCCAAUUCAAUCAGUUGGCAAGAUCAAUCUUCAAUGAGAGAAUCGGAAGUAGUGGCCGUUUUAAUUUAG